CCAAUCCCUUCUUCAUCCUCCUAACAUCUCAGAUCCGCUUCUAUCCUCACUCUCCGCAAUUACCUUUCUUUUCUUGCCUCUUGCGUCUAUUGAGCAUUCAUCUUGCAGAACAUGCGAUUCUUGUCCAUGUUCUAGCGUUGUAUUAUCCCAUCUAUUGACCUCGUCGCCCACGCGGUAGUCUCACCCAUCCCCAUCAUCGACACCCGCUUGAAGCGGUCAGGACGCGCGUGAGGGCAAAAACCUAUCCCGCAUUCAACUUUACUUUGUGAUUCACAUCUCGCCUUUCACACCUAAAUCAUACUCCUAGGCUGCUGUCACCAUGGCCUCGACACCCCCCGCCCAGUUUCUCUCUACUCCUGCAACACCCCCGAGUCCCUUGCACGGCGCCAGAUACGAUCUGUCAUCAGUGCCUACUCUGCGUCGCUCAACUCGCACAGCCACUCGAAACUCCUCAGCGGCACAGCGCAAGACCCCAGAUCCGCCUCAACAUUCACAAGGCUCCCGCCCCCUUCUGCGCACUCCCAAACCGGCGAAACAGACCAAAGUCCCAGCUGUACUGCCCGACCCAUCCCUUCACUCUCCUGCAGCCACACCAAACCCUCGCACCAGUCGUCGCGUUCAGGUGUCUUCGCCUCCUUCUCCAGAAUCUCAUUAUCGGCCACCACCUCGUCAAAAGCACUCCAAUACCUCCCACCUUCAAUCACUCACCUCGGCGUCCACCAUCAUCUCUAAUGGGAUGCUACCAACCCCAGUAAAAACUCCACGGAAGAAGACCAUCUCUAACACCCAAGACACUGCCAGAAUGCUUUUCCAAGACAGUAUGGACCCAGUCGAUCUCACCCCACCUCAACCAACCCCACGCCGACCACGGAGGAAUAAGCGCCACAAUGGUUUCACUCUAGAAAGCUUCUCGGCCCAGGACGAUAUCUCUGAUGGUCAUGUCCAGAUCUAUACCGACUCCCGAGAUCGUGUUCCAGAAGUCGACCACAGUGCCUCCAACCCGUUUCUCGAGACAAGAUCGAGUCGGAGGACAUCAUCUCAGACAGUUCCAGGGACCGUUAAGCGACGCAAAGUCAGCGGCGAAUCGCGGGUGGACGCUCAGGUGCAGCAGGCCUUGGACAAGGAUGAAGGAAUGGUCUACACCUUUCGAGGUCGAAAAAUCUACCGAGCAUUCAAUGACGAGACAGACGAAUCGGAAAUUAUUGCUGCUGAAGAUUACGCUUCUGCAGAAGAGAUCAACGACGCCAAUAGGAAGCCCAUGCGAACAUUGACUAGGAAGUCCAUCAAACCAACCCGCUUGUUCGAGACUGAAGUUCAGAAGAGAGCUCGGGAAUUGGAGAGGGAAGAGGAAGCCGACACUGACAUUGAAGAUUCAUCCAACUGGAACAGCAGCAAGAUCAUAGUCCAGAACGAAGAUCCACACUCUGAGGCCAAACUUCACCGUCCAACCUCAGACGAGAGUGGUGAAGAUCAUCGGACAAGCAGAAGCCACCGUUCUAAGAAAGGAAGCCCUUUUGACACUUGGCCACGGGUACGAGGUAGCUCUGCCAAAGGCAAGAAGCGCGGGGCAUUGGAGAUGGAUGAUGAACUCAUGGGCAGUGCAGGAUUGGGCCGCUCGAAUACGAUUCACGCAUGAUGCGGAUCAAGACAGUCAAGAGAUCAGAAUUCUCAGAGCCAGGUGAUUGUCGACAUUCUCGUGUUGAUCUCACAAGACCGAGUCUUCUAGAUAGUCUAAAAUCCAACGUGAUGAGAGAUGGGAAUGUUGAGGAUGAUGGAUAUUACAGAAAAUGCUCUUGUGCUCAGGCUCAAUAUUGACGAGCAAUCAUGCUCGACUUCUGGACGUGUGUGGUCGGUUGGAAGGUCAAGCAAAUUGAACUACAGCAAUGGUGGAUGACUGACAUUGGAAUACUACCUUGUAGCAUUGCAAUGUGUCUGGCAUUCCAGCACAGCUCUCCAGAUAAAGGCCAGGUAGCUAAUUUGAUCUGUCUUUUCGACAUUGAUACAAGC